AUGAUGGACAAGCAAGAGGAGGAUAGACAGCAGCCAGGGGAUCAGUCAGCCAUGCCCACAAAAAACAAGGAUCAGGUGCAGGAGCAGACUCAUGUCUCGGAGAAUGACAGUGAUAAUGAGUCGGACACUGAUCUGGAAACAGGCCGUAGGUGCAAAUGAGAUGUUUUUUAAGAUACGUGCAUUAUCUCCAAAGCCCUCACCCCUUCCCUCUUUUUGCUUUUUUUGUCCCACUUGCUUACAGAGGCGACCAAUCAGCCAAAGAGCUUGUCUCAAGCUGAAAUAUACCUGCGGGCCUGCUCGCUGACAAAGACCGCUCCCAUCUCUGCCUACCUCCGCCUGAACGAAGCAGAUCUGAUACUGAACCAUUAUGGCGUGGGGCCUCGAGGGGCUAAAGCACUGGCCAUAGCUCUAAAAGUAAGCGCAUCAAAACUUGUCAUUUAAGUUCAACAGAAAAAGGUGGAAAAUGAUGGAUCACGAUUUCAUUUCUGUAAUUUCUUUUUAGCAAGGUUGGUCAAGUUAUAUUCUUUUGCAGAGCUUUUAAUGCAGUUUACAAACAAAGACAGAGAAGGAGAGGAAAGUGGAACUGAUGUUCCAUUCUUAAUUUAUCUGUAGUUUUUGUUUCUUUGUGUUCUAGACUGAUAAAAUGGUCACUAAUCUUGAGCUGAAGGACAGCAAUAUUCAAGUAGAGGGGGCACGGUAUUUGAGGGAGAUGCUUAAAACGAACUGCACCAUUGAAAGAAUUGUAAGUAUCCUAUUUACACUUGCUACACUUUCUACAUUAAUUUAGUACUUACCCAAGUACACAGAUACAACACACAAAUAAGACAACAUGGUGUUUGUGUCAAAAGGAAUAAUAUCUUUUUGAAAUUUAAAAUAAAUGGCAUCAUGUCUUUGCUUAAGAACCUUUCCAACAACCAACUUGGCCUUGAAGGAGCGCGAGUCAUCUGCGACAUGCUGUCAGACAGUAUCUACAUCAAAUCUAUCAAGUUAUCAGGUGAUUAACUCUGUCUUUUACCUCACAGGAUAUUUUGUAUUCUCUUAUUUUGGACAAAAACACUCUUCUUUGGACAACUUUAUCCUUUAUCCCUUUAGGAAACCUUUUUGAUGACACUGCAGCAACAUACUUCGCUGAUACUUUGGAGGUCAGGACAAAAAACUGGAUGUUCAAUCCAUGUUGCUUCAAAACCAUUUUUUUCUGCAAAGGGAUUUUCUCACUUAAGAGUGCAUGAAGCAUUGGUGUAAUAUUUUCUUUCUUCACAGUAUGACUAUUUUUUGAAAGAGCUGGACCUCAGUCACAACAAAUUCUGCGAGAGAGGAGGAGAGCACUUGGGUCGUAUGUUAGGUAAAGUACUGGUAAUUAAUUUUAGUGAUGUUUGUACUUUUGUUCUAGUGUGCUGCUGAUACCAAGUUCAUUUAAUUUACUAGUUGAAUAAUUAGUAUUUUGUAUAUGGGGCUUGUGUGAAACAAAACUCACAAAUAUUAAGAAACAAGCUAAGUUCUUUUAACCCUCUUGAGAAUAAAAAGUGAAAGGAUGCAUGAGCGGAUGUGGAUUUUUCUCCCCAAAGCACUUUUUCGGACAAAUUGUGGGAAUUGAAUUCAAGCCUCUGGCUAUUUAGUUGAUAUUAAGCAUAUAAUUGUAACUAUUUUGGCACUCAGCUUACCAUACUUUAAGGAAACAGACUUGAUAGCCCUUGAGAACCACUUUUCCAGUUUUGAUUUUGUUUUUCUAUCAAAGGGAGCAGGCUAGGCUACAUACAUUCCCAGAAAUUUGUACCUUUAAUCUCUUGUUAUUUGGGCAAAAAAAGUGAAAGUCAGAGUGUCUGUAUCUCUAAUAAUGACUAAAGUGUUUCUGAUCUGACUGAAAAGUAAACAUCUUGUAAGUGUUUAACAAUGCAAGAUUCAAACAAACCCCUAAAACACGAAAAGCCUUAAAUUACUUAGAAAUGCAAAACAAUAAAGGUCUGCAGAAAAGCAAAAAGACCACUGGCGCUUCCCUACACUUCCAUAAUUCUACAAUGUUGGGUCAGGAUCUAAAGGGCAAAGAAAAUCUGCUCAAUUGAACCUCUAAUACGAUCUAAAUUGGGUUAUUGUUUGUGCAAAUCUAGCUGUACAAGAACAAACAAGAAGUGUGCAAAGUAACAGACAAGUUUUAAACCCAGAGUGUGUAACCAUCCUCAGUCAUCUGUGAAUUAUGUAUUUUUUCACAAACUGACAUCCCCUUGCUCUACUAGCCACAGGAUCACACUGCAAAAUGAGGGGUUAGCGAAUUGGUCUAAACCUUAAUCUAUCUGAUGCACUUGCUUUCAUAACCUCUUUGCCAAAUAUUAAUAAUUUACCACAACACCAUGUUUUGAAAGAGAAGUUAGAUUGGAUUUUAAAAACAGAUUUUUUUCUGGAUAAAAAUAUAAACCAAAAAAAAAAAAAAAAAACACUGAUCCUGGAUUGAAAGCUGCAAUUUUGUCUUUCAUUUGAACAAACAAGUAGAUAUCUAAACUCAAACACAAGAUCUACCAUGUGUUUAGAUUUUUCAAGAAACUAAUUUCAGUUUAGCUCUAAAAUAUCUGUCUAGUUUGUUGGAAAAUAUUUUAAUAUUUCAUUGCAUGUCAAGUGUAACUUUUCCUCUAAUGUCUCUAAAGCCAAGAAUGAGGGCAUUGAAGUCCUAAAUCUAAGCUAUAAUCACCUUGAUAAGAGCAGUGCAGUGGGAUUGUGUGCUGGGCUGAAGGUAACAAACAUCUCAGACUAAAAGAAUAUCCUUCACAGUUGAAUUUUUGCUGAGUUUUCCCAUCAUAUUUGCUGUCCAUCAUCUUCUGAUUCCUUCAGGACAACUUCCAUCUCAUGCAGCUCCAGCUCUCACGGAACGGUUUUGGACAAACUGAGGCAGAAUUACUGAGUGAGGCACUGAAACAAAACCACACCCUGGUUUUGCUGGACCUUAGUUGGAACCUUUUAGACGAUCAGGCCAUGGUGCUUCUCUGCCCAGGCCUCACCACCAAUGACACCCUCAAGAUUCUCAAGGUGAGCACUCAAACCUCCCUCACUGAGAUUUCCUGAUGUGUUUGAACAUUGUGAUUUUGAAGGCUUUGCACUUUUUAUUCAAGAAAUUUGACUGUUUUUUUGUUGUUGUUCAGCUCUCCCACAACCGCCUGCGGAACACUGGAGCUCUUACACUGCUCAGAGCCAUCCAAAAAAACAUCAAAUCAGCGUUGGAGGUGAUUGAUUUUUCUGUACGUGUAAGGAAUGAAGUUAAAUGUGAAUCUUGUUUGUAAAUAUGUGGUGAUUAAAUCUGCCUCUGUAACACAGAAUGUGUUGGUACAUGAAGACUUCGGGGAGCUGUUGGAAGAAGUCCGUCAAACCCACCCUGCUUUGGAUAUUAAGUACACCAUGUUGGACUCAGUCAUCAAAAACUUAUCUGCUCUCCAGAUCUUUCAGGUCAGUGGGGGGGGGGGGGGGGGGAUUUUUAAACACCCGGUAGGGGAUGUCAAAUAUUCACAUAUAUGAUAUUGUACACUGUAUUUCCAAAUUUAAGAAAAGGAUGAAUGCCAUGACCCUAUAAAUAAGAAACUUCUGCCUGUUUGUUCUUAAGGCCUCCAAAGGGUGUGAGGAGAUAGGUCUGAGCUAAGUAGCAGAGAAAACGGCCUUUUUUUUUACAUUUCUUAGACAAAAUAUUCAAAACAAUUGGUACAUUUGAUGGCCAAAUGUCAGCGAGAUGAGAUAGUUGUCAAAAGACACUUGUUAUUUUGUAGAAGACAAUGUAAGCAAGGAUGCUUUGACAUCAGGAAGGCACCAAAAUAAACACCAACUGAAAGUUCCUCACAGGAGCCUUAACAACAAAUUUUAGAUAUGAAAAUAUGGUCAAAUAUUCUCUUAAGAUCAAGUAAGUGUAUCUAAGAAGAAAUUUCCUCCUCUGAGCUGUUGGUGAAUGAUGAUUAAUUUCAAUCUUCACAGAAAUUCUUUGACGAACAAAAUGUGAGCAUCAUGGACUUCUUCAAGGGUUUAGAUAAAGAGGGAACCCUGCAGGUCUCCAACUCCACUUUUAGGAAGGCUGUAAAGGUCAGGCUAACUAGUAGAGAACUGAGAAUUACACUUCUCAGCCACAGUAUUUGAAUAUUCAUUUUAUUGAAAAAUGUUCAUGAAAAUGGUGUUUUCAUUCUUACAGGAAGCUAAGGUACCUGUGGAUCGACGACAGCUUGAGUGGAUCAUCAGGAAGUUUGACAAAGACUGCACAGGCACCAUCCUCUACAGGUCAAUGCGCAGACUAGUUUGA